UCCAACAUGUCAAGCUCAGGUCGGCCUUGUUAACCUCCAGCUCACUCAUCAGCUUCAAACCGAGACUCACGACGCUUCCAGCCACGAUCAUCCUCAUCUUUCGACCCCGAACUCCGACAAGUCGCAGAAAUGUCUACGAUAGCCUCACCACGCGAUCCUCCUCGCCGCACUCCCACAAACUCCAACCGUCCCUCCUUCGAAACCUCUCGGUCCGCGCUGGCGUCUCCCGUUCUCACACAAGGACCUACACAACCUCCGGGCCCCCCUCAGCAACAGCAACGUAAAACGUCGAAUCGCGCUGCUCUUCGCGAGUACUACAAUCUGCGCGCCUCAGCCCCUCGUAUAGAGAUUCCCGAUUCCGAAGUCCCAGCUACAGAGAUCGAUGCCCCUGACUUCAAUGCCGAUGAAUAUGUCGCCAAGGUUGUUGAGAAGAGCAGUCUUGAGGAGCUUCUGAGGCUAUAUACACGAGUCGUGGGAGAAGUGCGCGCGCUGGAUGCGGAGAAGAAGGCUUUGGUAUACGACAAUUACAGUAAGCUUAUUACAGCAACAGAGACUAUUCGCAAGAUGAGAGCAAAUAUGGACCCUUUGAAUCCUAUGGCCUCAACACUCGACCCAGCAAUAGCACGAAUCUACAGCCAAGCAUCCUCCAUCCGAGAUGCCCUUCGGGAAACAGUUCCCUCACCAGAUUCUGAGGAGGGCAAGAAACGAGACGCAGCAAACAGACAACAACGAACAAGAGAACUUGCAGCACAGGUCCUAGCGACGCCUGAGAGAUUACGUGCUCUUGUUCGUGAGGGAAAGGUUGCGCAAGCGCGCAAAGAGUGGGUGAUGCCACGAAAACUGCUAGAAUCAUGGAAAGAGAAAGGACUUGGUGGCAGUGAUGUCGAAGAGUGCAUUGAAGAGGGUGAUGAGGCGUUGAGACCAGUCGAUGAUAAGAGCAGCGCUUCAAGCCCAAGGAUAUCAAGGGACGAACGACUAUCAAGAGAUGAAAGGCGAUCGAGAGAUAGUCGUGUGUCAAAAGACGGACGGUCAUGAGCUGCAGGUCACGAAAUAUACCCAAUGAAUUAUUGCAAACCCUCAUUAACGGAGGCGUUUCUAAGAUCUUAUUAUUCAAUAUCAUGAAAGAGGUUCAUUUUACUCACAGC